GGAUCCCGCGCGCCGGCGGGAGGUUUGGAGCCGUGGGAAGCGGCCGCCGCGUGGGGCGCCGGGAACUGGGGCGGCUCGGAGAGCUUUUGGUUUAAAAGCAUCCUGUGAAAUCUCUUCACAUUCAAAAGUCAGACUAACAUCAGAACUUGGUAUUGAGGAAAGACUAGCAAAUGAACAAUGACAUCAAACAAAGAAUGGCUUUUGUGUCAUAAUGGGGACGUCCUUGGUUUUCGAUUGUCUAAAGGACAUUUUGCAGAUAAAGGACCUGCAGAACCACCCAUGUUACAUGCUAGAAGAAUGGAAUUUGAUAGAGAAAAAGGAACAUUUGUUCAGAAGUCCACUGGAUUCUUUCGAAUACAGGAAGGAAAGUGUCCUUUAAAAAUCAUGUCUUGCAACUGUGUGUCAGAUUGCAGAACUGGAAUUAAACUCCCAUGUGUUAUGAUACAAGGCACUAAACAGUGUAAUGUUUUCACAUACUUUCUACUAAUUUUUCAUAGUACCAGUCAAUUUGAAAAACGGUUGCAUUUAAGACUCAACUACCAGUUACAUGAAUUCAGAGUUCUUAAUGGCCCUGUGCUUUUAUGGAAACAUGUCAAAACUUUCUACUGGCUUUCUUCUAAAACUGACGAAGCUGUUGCUGUGCCCAUCAAGCUUUCAAGUAUUGACUGGGCAGGGGAGAUUCAAAAUCUGGGUAUGACUUUAUUAGGAAUAAAGGAAUAUUCCUCUCGGGAUGAAGUAUUUGCCAAAACGACUUCAGAAUUAGAUUUUGCAAUUCAGAAUACCAAAUUUUGCCUCUUUUCUCUCGAAAGCCAGGAGAAGUUAAGCGAAUCAUACAUUAUCCCUGCUGGUUAUACCAGCUCAAUAACCUCUGUGCAUGUCUGUUCAACUGAGUUUGUCAACAACCAGUUAAGAUUGUCUCUGAUCGUCCUUACGAGAAAGAAUCAACUGAUUUCAUUCCAAAACGGAGCUCCUCAAGGUGUUUGCCAGCUUCCGUUUGAAGAACCUUGUGCGGUUCAACUUAUGGAUGGAGGAGAAGACCUCCUUUACCUGGUAUCCUUUAAGUCUAAUAAAGCAUGUGCUGUUUGGAAUAAAAACUUUCAGGUUGCUGCUCAGUGGGAAAAUGUGGACUCUGUACUAAUCGAUGACUUCAUUGGAACUGGAUCUGAACAAGUGCUACUGCUUUUUACAGACUCUUGGAGUUCAGAUUGCUUGAGUUCAUUUAAAAUAACAAAUUUUGGUGACAUAAACUAUCCCAUUAAACCUGUGGAAUGCAGUGAAGAGGAUUUAGUGGAUGACAAAGAAAAGAAUCGUUGCUUGGUGAUUCCGCCUCUGAAGAGAAGAGUGGAAAUUGGUUUGACUUAUAUUCAGGACUGGAAACAGCAUCUCUUGUUGAAGGAGAAAUUUAUUUCAAAAUAUUGCGAAACUUUCAUAAACAUCAUUCAAGGCAAAGAUGAUUGUACUUCAAGUACAGAGGAGGAAUGCCUUGUUACUCUGUGUGGUGAAGAAGAAACUUCUGUCUGUGCCUUUGACGAAAAAUUGCCAGCAGGCAAUUUUCAACUUUCAGAGGCGAUAGUAGAGAAGAUAUGGUAUCGAGUUAUAGAUGAUAGCUUGGUUGUUGGAGUGAAAACCACAUCUUCACUGCUGUCUGAAAAUCAUGUGACUUUAUCACUGUUAAUGGCUCCAAGCGAUUGCUCCAACCUUCAGCCCAUUACGUGUCAGAACAAGGUGAUCCAGCUGCGGAGAUGCUCUUUGCCGGCUCCCGUCUGUAUGCCGUAUGCCACAGGGUCCGGGACAAAGAGGAUCAAGUUGGCUGGUGCUGAGGCAGGCGAUGGCGUCCUCCACAGCCAGCCCUCCGGGACAGAGCACACCUGCAUGGUCACUGCUGUGACAUCUCUCCCACCACUUUUAAGAUUCGGGAACUUCUGUUGCCUCGUUCUGCUCCAGUGUAGCAGAGACAGAGAACAUGGGCCGCAUUCUGAAGAGGCUUCCCUUCAGUGCGGCAGGAUAUCUGUAAGGCUAGAAGAGCUUUCAAGCGGGAAAUCCCUAGUGACGUUUCCAAAGACAGAAACUUUAGAACAUGUGGAAGAUCUCUUUGCACUUCUUGCGGCCUUUCACAAAAAUUGCUUCCAAAUCACAUCGCCUACCUAUGCGCUGACUUCAAUGACGCCCUGGCUUUCGGAACACAUGCAAUGUGAAGUGUUCACAGAAUUUCCCGAAAUUUGGUUUUGCAAAAGGCCAGGAGGUUUCUAUGGGACACUCUUCAAAUGGAAACAAACAACACCGUUUGAAGGGAUUUUAUUAGUCUACUACAGGAAUCAAACCGUUUUGUUCCAGUGCCUUCAUGAGCUCACCACAGCUCUCCCUGUAAAUGGUUUCAUCAAAAAUCUAAAAUCAGAACGAGAGGAUCUCCUAAUUGGUGAAUUGGCACGCAGUCUGGAGAAGGAGCUUGUUACCCUGAGUACUCUUUCCUCUCCCAUAGCUGAAAACAUAAAUGAAAACGCCUGGGUGCCCAGUGACAAAGCAAGUGAAGGAACAAGUAGUGACAGUACAUCAGUGUUAUCAAAGGAAGACAUCCAUCUGAUUAGAAAAGAACUUGAGAGAAAAAAGCAGCAAACCAUGGCAAUGGGUGAAAAAGUGAGUGGUGCCCUCUACAGAGAAAAGACUUUGAAAUUAACUGAGAUCCAGCUAAACUCAGACCUUAUUGUGCAGAAACUGAGCGAUUUAUAGUUAGAAUCGCAGUUAAUCUGAUUAUCUCUAAAAUUUGG